ACAAGUGAAUAUCACAGUGAAGUCAAGCCUGAGUAGUAAUACAAUAUCUUUUUCCACAAGUACAAGAAAUGAGGACUGACAGAGCUUCUGAAAUAAUAAGACUUUUAGGGCAGACAAGCAUUCCAUCAUCAGAAAAUAUCAGUGCUCUCUCCUUGAACAGAACAGACUGUACACAGGUUGUGGUACCAGAAGAAGUCUUUUUCACAAUUGCUGCUGUUGGAAUACUGGAAAACCUACUUGUCCUUAUAGCUGUGAUCAGGAAUAAGAAUCUCCACUUGCCCAUGUACUUUUUUAUCUGCAGCUUAGCAGUUUCAGAUAUGCUGGGUAGUCUGUACAAAACUCUGGAAAAUAUCUUGAUUAUUUUAUGCAAAAUGGGGUAUUUGAAGCCUCGUGGAGACUUUGAGACCAAGAUGGAUGAUGUCAUAGAUUCCAUGUUCAUUCUUUCUUUACUGGGGUCAAUAUUCAGCUUGUUAACCAUUGCAGCUGACAGAUAUAUAACUAUCUUCUAUGCAUUGCGAUACCAUAACAUCAUGACACUGAAGCGUGCAUUAAUCAUCCUGGCAGCAAUCUGGACCUUUUGUGCUGGAAGUGGCAUUGCCAUUGCCAUUUUCUCCCAUGAAACAGCUGUAGUAAUUUCUUUCACUAUCCUGUUCCCUUUGAUGUUAAUUUUUAUAUUAUGCCUCUAUAUCCACAUGUUUCUGCUUGCACGAUCACAUGCCAAAAAAAUUGCUUCACUGCCUACUAGUACAGUUCACCAGAGAACAAACACGAAAGGGGCCAUUACAUUAACUAUUUUCCUUGGUGUUUUUCUUUUCUGCUGGGCGCCCUUUGUUCUUCACAUCCUUCUUAUGCAGUUUUGCCCACACAAUCCUUACUGUGCUUGUUACAUGUCAAUUUUUCAAGUGAAUGGUACACUCAUCUUGUGCAAUGCUGUCAUUGAUCCUAUGGUCUAUGCAUUCCGAAGUCCAGAAUUAUGGAGUACAUUUAAGAAAAUGUUCUGUUGUACCAGGUCAAAUUGGAAGUAG